CCAUCUGCCUUCCAUCUUUGAGGACAUGCAUUUCCAUUGUUAAAGCGACCACUCGACUAUCUUAUCAAUAUAAUAUAACAUCUUUGCUGUGGAUCAGACGCGCUGUCAGGUGCGAAGCUACUGAUGCCACCGCCGCAGCUCCGUUAAAAGUAAAGAAUGUGCCAGGAACAAAGAACAAGAGCUGCUCUCUGAUUCUCUCCAAGGAGAGAGCGAGAGAUCAACCAUAGCCAGCUGGCGGAGAGAAAGCCCGCGGAACCGGGCAGGACAAGGAAGUGGCAGCAUGAGAGCAGCGAGGAAGCCCCGGCAGAGAGAUCCAUCCAGCGAGGCAGUUGACGCGGGCGAAUCAAUGACAGAGCUGCCACAAUGGUUGCGGCUCUAUUUCUAUGGGAUGCACGGUGUCACUUUGGAUAUCCUCCUGUCGUCGGCACAGGGUCUUUUGGCUGACAGCGACCCCAAACUGUUCGGCUUUUCCUCCCCGUACCUCUGCAUCAUGCACUCGCUGACCCAUUUCUUGCUGGAAAAAAUAUAUUCGCAAAAGAAGUGCUUUCAAGGACGCCCAGUAGUUUUCCACCUUGUUUUCUAUCCCUCUGUUUACAUCGGGUUGCAGAUCCUGAUUGGGAAUAUAAACACGCUGACCGAGCACGUUAGAAUAGUCUCUGCCACUCAUCUCGUAGUUCACUACCUACUGGCCCUGUACUUCACCCAAGUAUUCCACAAGGGGCUUGCGCGGCUGCGCUACCACUGCCCCGGGAAACGGACCCUGGCUACCCCGGAAGAGCGCACACUGGAGCCGCUGCCUAAUAAGGGUCUGCCCGAUGUUGUGCGAUUCCUCUUCUUUGGAAUGCACGGCUUUCUGGACGAGAUCAUUUUUACCUCGAUAUUCAACCUUAUCGAGAAAUCUGACCGGACCAUGAGCGGCCACACGUCCCUGUGGUCCUUCCUGAUGUACGGGAGCUGCAGCUUCGUUGUAGAGAAACUCUACCUGCAUUUGCACUUCAGACGGGGCUGGAGCACCUGGAGGCGGCUCCCCAUCUAUAUCUGCUUCAUCUACACCUGGGAGUUCUGUUGGGGGCUGGCGCUGCGGCAGUACGGCGCAUGCUCCUGGGACUAUUCCCACUAUCCAUUCAACUUCAUGGGCCUGAUCACUCUCCUCUACCUACCCGGAUGGGUCUGCAUCAGUCUCUACCAGGAUAUUCUGUCCAACGUUCUGCUGCGCGUGGUAGUGUGUGCCAAAGACGAGGAGCGAGGGCACUCAGGGCAGGGCGCGGGCGUCAACGUCUGCCCCGUGUCCAGGAAAAAACAUGUAUUAUAGGCCUAGGCCACAUUUGAUGUAGGGACUAUUGAUACUAAUAAAAAUUAUGAAGAGGACAUUUAAGACCAUCAGUGGUGUACCCGCACUUUGUAAAAUAAUGUGUAUUUCCCUGAUGGAAAUGUGGAAUUGAUGUAGCUGUUUAGACAGCAUCUUUUAUCAGUGAUUAGCCAAUCAAUUUGUGACAGGUAGCCUAAACACACAGACUUGCCUGCGUGAUGACAACUGCCAUUUCUAACUUUGAUGUAGAUGAAACAAUUAUAUUUUACUGUGAAUUGUUUCCUAAACUUUAUUGACCAAGUCAGCCAUAUGCAUGGUGGCACCUUUUGACUGGGUUGGUCUCUUCAAUCCCAGAGCAUGCUUUGAACUAAUUUCUGCAUGGCUGCAUAUGCACAUUCAUAAGCACUUUAAUUGCUUAAAUCUUAUUACCUUAAAAAAUGCAUGACAUUUAGAAAUAAAAUAGGUUCUCAAAAGUUCAAAAUGUAUGUAGCAUGAGUUGUAAUCAAACAGAAUAGAAUGGGUGGUGGACCUAAUUAAUUUCACUGUGAAUAUUUUUCUGAACCUUAACCUUACUGUGUUGGAGUGCCUUUCUGAGCAAACCUACAGACAGCUUGACUAAAGACAAACUGAACUACACUAAACUCUGUGUGCCAGUUUCCCCCUAGGCCUGGCUGAACUGAAAAGGAAGCUCAAUGGGGAAUUGAAAGUGCUUUUUAGUCCACAACUUUAGGCUUAAUCUGGGUCAUGUAAACAGGCAAUGUGUGCCAGUCAGACAGACCCUGAGGAUCUGCUUUAGCUUUCUCCCUUCUUUACAUAGGGACAUCUCCAGCCCCAGGCUUGUUUACCUAACGUUUAUAAAGCAGCGGAGCACGAGUCAGCUUUUUAUGGUUUACACUCUAUAGGUUGAUCUGGAGUAUGCAAUAUCAGGAGUCAGCAGACCUGAGUUCAAAUACUACUUGAAAUCUUUCAGACACUUUCACUGUUUGCUUUAACCUGCCUGGAGUGCCAGAUGGACAGGGUUUGGGGUUAGAAUUUUUGUGAAUAUUCUAUUGGUUCCAUUACUCCAUGAAAGCUCAAUCAAGCCUAGCUAAAUUAUUUGAAAUUAUUUCAAAAUAGUUUUUGAACCCAGGCCUGGGAGUCAGGUGUGGAGCAUGUACAGUAGAAUUACUUGGGAUCAUGUAUAGAGCCCUUUUGCCCUUUGGCAUAGAUCUUUCUGCCUGUUUUUUUUCCUUGUUUGCACUUGUACCACACGGUAGAGUCUCAUGUUCUCUCUGAGGGGCCAAACACAUACAGGAUGUGUGAAUACCUGGCACUGUGACUUCACUAGCAACCUGUUCCAACAUUAUACUCGUUGGAAAGUACGUUUGGAAACGUACAGUUUUAGCUCUUUUACUGAUUUUAUGAUUCUCUAGCAUGUUUUUAAUGCAUUUUACUGCCUGCCUUCGUCAGUCCUGGGGAUUCCGUGAAACUAAGGUUGGAGGUAACUGAAAGCUGGUAAUACGGAUGAGUAAUACUAGUCCAAGGAAAAAGAUCUGAUAACAUAUGUUAUAAAAAUAUUUCAAUUUUUGCACGUGAUUUUUGUCAGAUGAUUAUGAAUAUGAACUGUAUCUUUCAUGCCGUGGGAGUUUCCUGGCCUGCGCAAACAAACAAUACCUUCCAGUCUUCUGGACACUCACACUGGACUGACUGAAAUAACAAAAUGAUUUUCCUUUUGGUUUGUCAUUUCAAAAUGGUGGGCUUUUGUUGUGGGCGAUGCAAAAUAAGGAUACACAUGGGCCAACAGUAACUGCCUCAGUGAUGAAUAGGACCAGGAGUUUCUUUCCUGGUUACGUGGUCGGGGAUAACCUCCUGUCCCUGGUAAAGUUGUUAUCUUAACUAUAUGAUAAUGUUUCUUUUAAAACUUGAGGUUUGGAAAUCAUUGAUCAGCUGUAUUUAAUAAUAGAGUACAAUUAUGUCCUAUAUGGCUCGAAUGAGGAAGGAAACCAUGUUUAUUUUAGGUUAUAAAUGAGGAGAGACUAAAGUAUUCUUGGUACAGUAUGUCCAUGGUGAAAUUGAAUUGAAUCAAUCACUGGAUGGAAAUAGUGUAGCCUGCAUACUGUACAUUACUUAUAACUUCAUUAAAUCUCAAAGAAUUCCAUGUUGAACCGCCAA